CAAAAUCAGUACGUUUGCUUCCAUCGGCUAAAACACAAGUUUUGUGCGAGUCUAAACCAUCAUAACAACAACAACAACAAGCUACUUAAGCGGUCAACCCAUAACAACAACGAUAAUUACAACUAUUUAAUACAACAACACGAGCAGCCAUAACACGUCGGCGUUUUUUUGUGUAUAAAAAAAACGUCAAAGUUUAAUUAGCGCGCAAAGCGACGACGCCGCCGCGGCCCAAAACUUAUUAUACAGUGAUUCGUGUUUGCGCUUUCCAAAGGCUCUCCCAGUUUUCCUUGCCUUUUAUUACGUGUGCGUGCCAAAAUACGUCAUCGACUCGCGCAGCAAAAGUGCGAACGGCAACAACAGUUACAACAACAACAAAAACAACAGUGGCAAACGGCAGCCAUUGAAAGCUUCUGAGUGGGCAGCUCACACACACACACACACAUACAUAUAUAUGUAGAUGUGCAAGCAGCAUACAUAAAGAAAGACCUAUUGAAUUAAAUGCAAUUGCAACUACAACGCGAGCAAUCAACAUAAAUCGAGGAAAAUUUCGCUCUGUUUGAAAUAAUUAAUUUGUUAUUGUGUCGAGCGACGACAUUCACAGUGAAACGCAGCAGCAACAGCGAGCAAGUCAAGCGCGCAACACGUGUGCGAGAGUGAGACGACAGUAGUGUCAUAUUGAGAGAGCGCAGUAGCGGGUGCAAGUGAAGUAAGCGUUUGAUAAAAAAACAAAAGAAGAAACAGAAAGAAAAAAAAACAAAAGCAACAGCGUCGCCGAGGCAGUAAUCAAAAUAACAGCAGAUAAGAAAACGUGGAAAAACAGCUGAGCUGAGCAGAGAGCAGGGCAGUGCAGUGCAGCAACGAUAACAACAACAACAAAAAGCUCUUUCUCAAUUGACACAAGAGGAACAACAACGACAACAACAACAGCAAUCAAUAUUCGAACGCAGCGCGCGCACAUUGUUGUCAAUUAGGGAAGCAGCAAACGUUAGCGUAAGCAGAGCAGCCACGUCGAAGUCGCAGUAGCCGUCGCAGUCGCAGUCGCAGCAUCCACAACGACAAUCAACUUGAUCAACCGUCGCAGUCGCAGUCGCAGCAGCAGCAGUCACAAUCUCUCAUCGUCCCCGUGUCCGUCGUAAUCACAAGUUUUUUGAUCGUCGUCGUCGGCUCGCGUUCGGUUUGCGUUGUGUGGCUUGUGUUUAAUUCCGAAACAGAAACUGAAACUGUAUCUGUAGUUUCCCGCUAACGGCGAAUAUUCUCACAACUCAUUGAUAUUUUAACCUCGUGUCCGUGUUGGUUGCCGCUCGACCAAGGUUCUGGCCACACAAAAUGCUUGUCUCUUUGGGCUUUUCGAAGCCUCGCUUCGUCGGAUUAAAAGUGCUCCUAUAGCGCGAAAAUAAUAUAAAAAAAAAAAUCGAAAAAACCAAAAAACGAUAAAUCGAAUUGGCAACAAGAAAAUAUCAAAGAUAUAUAAUCAAUGAACCGCUGUUAAAAAUAUUUAAAAAAUACAAAUAAAGAAAGAACAACAACAACAAAAAAAUUAGUAAAUCAAAAGACCAAACAUUGCGCGCAGACAAACAACAACAAAAACGAAUCGAAAGGAAAACGAUCGACUAAACAAACAAAUCAGAUCAUUUUUUCGGGGCUGUUAAUUUGAUUAAUCAAAUAUUAUAAAAAUUUGUACAAUUAGCGUUAUAACUCGAAAACCCGUUUUCGAAAUCCAAAAGUUAAUAAAGUUAAAAAAGCAGAAAAAAUCCAUCUCAAAUAAAAAACUUUAUUGUAGCCAACUGACCAACAGUCGAUCAAAUACAUCUACAAGUGCAAAUACACCAACAGCAACACACAGAUAACGCAUACAAACGUGAAGAAGGCUUUUAAAACUUUAUCAAUUGUGUGAGCAGCAAUACACCAAUACCAUCACAAAGUGCGGGCUUCUAUAAAUAACACGCACACAUUGAAAAAGCUGUGCUGCUCUCUCAGCGAUUAACUUUAAGCAAAAGCAGCGAAAAAAAACAGAAAUACUUAUUAGCAAGCGAUUUUCACGCUCAGCGGAAAACAGAAUACAUUUGAAACGCGUCUGGAAUAGUUGUGUCUGCGGUCUCUCAGCGAAAAAAUUAAAAAUAUAUACAUAUAUGAAAUAAUUAUUAUAUAUAUGCGCAUUUGUGUAUCGAACGUGACAAAGUGUUAACAGUGUUUGUUCGAAAAAAAAGCUACAACCCAAUUCAACAAAAACAAAACAAAUGUGCAUUUCGCGUGUUUGCUUUUCAACUAUCAAGAACUUUGCGCCUUUCUCGAAUUGCUCGCAAUAAUGUCUGCCUUGUGACAGUGUCUCAACAGCAACAACAACAACAUAUAUAGAAGAAAAUAUAUAUAUUUUGUGGAAGUCGUACAAGUGCCAAAACUAUUUGGUUACCGCCUAAUUAGAAUGUCAAAUAUCUGACAGCGUGCUAUACAAUAAACAAAGCUCACAACUACACUGUGCAAAAAACAAUAAUAACAACACCAACAACAACAACAACAAGACAAAAUUACUCAAGGAGCUUUUUCAACAGUUAUUCACGCAACGGUUUCAAUACAAAUUUGCCAAAAUGUUCGCAUCAAUCUGACAGCGGUUUAAAAGCCCCAAAAAAGAAAAAUCAGAAAUAAACAAAAGAGCCUACUAAAAGUCUAAGCCAAGUGCUAAAAAGCCAUAAAAGCUAAAGGAAACGUUCCCAACUCCAGCAAAAAAGGAAGCAGGAACAACUUAAAAGCAACAACAGUAGCAGCAGCAGAAGAAAAAAGCUUUUGAAAACUUUAAAAUUUUGUGCAUCCCCCAAAGUUCAGAAACUUAACGAUAAAUGGAGAAAUCUGAAAUACGACUGCAACGCAUGUCAAAUGAAUAUCAAUCGCAAUCGAGCUAUAUGUAUCUACGGAACAAAAUGCUGUUAAAAAUUGAAAAUACACUACUCCGAAGCCAUCGUCAGCGUGAGACAACUGGGAUCAAGAAACUAUACAAUUCGUUUUUUGUGCUCUUUUAAUUUCAAGGCGUUUUAUUCCCCCGAAGAACGCACAACGAAUUUCUGAUCAAUUCAAAGUAUAACUAUUUAGUUACAAACAAGAUUCAAGUUGUAAAAAGAAUUAAAACUAUAGAUAUUAUUUGGUUGUUAGUUGUAUCCAAAAUCAAAAGUGCUGUGCUAAGAAAAAAAAAUUUAAAAAAAAAAACUAAAAAAAAAUAUAUACAAAAAAAAAACUAGUGUCAUUAAAUCUUCUUUGUUGUCAUAAACAAUUUUAAAAUAUAUAUACAAAAUGUUGACCUAAAUAAAUAAAUAUAUAAAUACUUUUUAUUAAAAACCCAUUCUACUUCGAAUAUACACAUAUUAUAUAUCGUUAACAACACCAACAACAAUAAUUAAGAUAAUUGGAUAGUCCAAAAAUAAUAAUUAAGGGGGAAGGAGCUGCAAAAACUUGACAAAAUUGCAGGCGAAAGCUCGAAGGAUACACCCUAGAACCCCGUGUUUCUUUUAACCGGGUGCGUAUUAACGGUAAUUGUGGUCAACCAAUUCAACAAUAGACAAUUCUAUAAAAAUAAA